UAAAAUUUCAAAACUGACGAGGGAGAAAAAAAGAAAACCCUCAGCUUAGCUCCCUAAUCUUUCAGAACUCAUCAUCCAUUGCUGAGCUCGAGCUCGUCGUUUCACUGUGCUUGUCGUGCGGAUUUGAGUGUUGGUUGAAGAUUCAAUACUUGUUCUAGCUUGUGUUUGUGUAUUGAAAGACACUGAGAUUUGCGUGGCAAUUGGAUUCUGAUUUUGUGAUUUAUUUUAAAAAUUGAUGGAACAAAGUGAAGCGGUUUCUGAUUUUGCGCCAAAAAAAUUGGCGCGGCAGUUGGAUUUUUCGGCAAUUUGUAGAGCAUCAGCGAAUGUGGUUUUGCCGCCGUCGCAGGCGCCACAAUCACAUCUGAGGUUACAGACACAUGCACCGCAGCCGCCACCCCAACAGGUUCAACCGCAGCCUCUAUUGCAUUUACAAUUACAAACGCCACCGAAGCAGUCGCAGGCAAUUCCGCAAUUGCAUGCCCUGCCACAGCAAGUGCCGGUGGUGCGUCGGAUUCCUCACCCCGUGCAGAUACUUCCGCUGCCAACAAUGCCGCUGGCCAAGCAAGAGUCUCCUGGACCACGUCCAAGAAAGAAUGUUGAAGCAAAAGAUGGUACUCCUAAGAAACCAAAGCAAUGUAAUUGCAAAAAUUCUCGAUGCUUGAAGUUGUAUUGCGAGUGCUUUGCUGCUGGAAUUUAUUGUAACGGUUGCAAUUGCUUAAAUUGUUGCAAUAAUGUGGCAAAUGAGAAGGCUAGGCAAGAGGCUGUUGGAGCUACCUUAGAGCGCAAUCCAAAUGCUUUUAGACCUAAGAUUGCUAGCAGCCCGCAAUCUCUGGAUACAAGAGAAGAUGCAAGGGAAGCUCAAAUGAUAGGUAAGCACAAUAAAGGAUGCCACUGCAAGAAAUCAGGGUGCCUCAAGAAAUACUGUGAGUGCUUCCAAGCCAAUAUUUUGUGCUCUGACAAUUGUAAGUGCAUGGACUGCAAGAAUUCUGAAGGAAGUGAAGAAAGGAGAUCUCUCUUUCAUGGCAAUCAUAAUGGCAUAGCCUGCAUGCGACGGCCAGCAAAUGCAGACGUUAGUGGGGCCAUUGGAUCAUCUGGCUAUGGGACCCCUAUAGAAUCCAAGAAGAGGAAAAGAGAGGAAUUCUUAGGCAGUGUUACUAAAGAUCAAUCAGCAAAAUACCAACAGGAAAAUCAUGUGAGGAAUUCUGCAGCUUCUUCUUCUCCCUUAUCUGCCGCUGUUUCUCAUUCUGCUAAUGCAACUGUAUUGGGAUCUUCAAAGUUCACAUACAAGUCUCCUUUGGCAGGCAUACUUCAACCACAGGAUGUGAAGGAGAUAUGCUCGCUCUUGGUCGUACUUUCACAAGAAGCUAAAAAGGCACUUGCAGGGAAAAUGGAUAGGCAACCGGAGAGAGAAAACAAUCAUUAUUUUGAACCUACUUCUGCUUCAUCCGUACAUGGGAGGGAAGAUAGUGUAAAUGGUCCUGAUAUCCAUAGAACUUUGGCUGAUGAUUGCGUAAAUGGGAACAAAGCAGGAAGAGAGAGAAACAAUGAUUCAAGAACUGGAGAUGAUCUUGCAAAUGGAAGGCCAGCAUCACCAGAAAUUGAUUUGAUGUGCCAUGAACAAGAAAUGGUAUUUAUGGAAGCUGGGCUAACCACUGGGAUGGGAGGACUGUGUCAAAACAAAACUCAGAUAUCAUCUAAUGGGCAUGAGUGCUCAGAGGUUUAUGCUGAGCAAGAAAAGCUCAUCUUGACCAGGUUCCGGGAUUUUCUCAAUAGGCUUGUCACUUGUGGGAGCAUUAAAGAAACAAUGUACUCUCCAUCAGCCAAGAGUAACAUGGGGAACCAACAAGAACCGGCAGAUAGAUUGAUCAUAUGUGCUGAAACUGAAAUAGGAAAUCACAAGAAGGCAUACAGUAAUGGCGAUGCGAAAUCUUCUGUAGUCGCAACUUCUACUUCUAAUGGUAUUCUGCCUAUAUUGUCUGCAUUGCCUGUUAAAAAUGAAGAGAUUAAUCCAGAAAAGAAGAGCUAAGAGGAAAAUAGAUCAAAAUAGCAUCUUUUAUCUGUGCAAUGAAAUGAAGUAACCGUUUCGAGCUAUUCUUGAUGCGAUAAGAAGUCCUUUGGUUGAAAAUGUGCUUAUUGAGGAAUUAAUUUCUGAUUAUAUAAAGUAAUUCUUUUAGAUAGUUACUAUAUGUGCUGGUAUACGAGGCGUCUAGUGAUAUUUCAAUUAAUUGUAAAUUCUUAUUUAAAUGUUUAAAUAUUUCUAUUUAACUAGAUAGUAGAUGGAACAUAUAUGCCUCCAUUGUAGCUAUAUUAAACUGAGCCGUUUAUAAUUUAUUUACUUCUA